GCUGCAGGUAAGAUCUGGAAAAAAGGAGAGGAGACGGGAAACCUAACUAAAUGAAGGACAGGGAAGUCAAAGUGUAAAACAAAAAUCUGAGAUAAAAGAAUGGCAUUUCUCAGGUCGGUGGCCAUAACAAGCACUGCCGUAGCUGCCACUGCACUCCCUGCAGCCUUUGCUCUCUCCUCUCUCUCUUCCUCCCAAUCUUCAGUGUCCCAGAAACCCAUAAACAUCACCUUCCUCUCCCCCGCACGUAAUCAAACCCCAACUCGAUUUGGUCUCGUCAAGGCUUUCGCUCAUCCGCCCUCGGCUCUCCACAUGGACGCCCCAGCUUCUCAUCACAAGCCCACCUCUCAGGGCGAUGAUACCUUACCAGAGCUACUGACGGAGUACAUGGUGGAUAUGAAAUGUGAGGGUUGUGUCGACGCAGUGAAGAAUAAGUUACAGACUGUUAGUGGGGUAAAAAAUGUUGAGGUGGACUUAAGCAAUCAAGUAGUGAGGAUUCUUGGUUCAACGCCUGUGAAGACCAUGACUGAAGCUUUAGAGCAGACGGGUCGAAAAGCCCGAUUAAUUGGGCAAGGGGUGCCUGAAGAUUUUUUUAUCUCUGCUGCUGUUGCGGAAUUCAAAGGUCAGAUUUUUGGCGUGGCUCGCUUGGCUCAGGUGAAUAUGGAAUUGGCUAGGGUUGAAGCCGCUUUUAGUGGGUUAUCUCCUGGAAAACAUGGUUGGUCCAUUAAUGAAUUUGGAGAUCUGACAAGAGGUGCCGCAAGCACUGGAAAAGUGUUUAAUCCAAUAAAUGGAAGGAAUUCAGAAGAGCCACUUGGUGACCUGGGAACAUUAGAGGCUGAUGAGAAAGGCAAUGCAUUCUUCUCAGGCGUCAGAGAGAAGCUGAGGAUUGCUGAUCUCAUUGGGCGAUCUUUAGUGAUAUAUGGAAGUGAAGAUAAAUCAGAUCCAGGUAUUACAGCUGCUGUCAUUGCUAGAAGUGCAGGGGUUGGUGAGAACUACAAAAAGCUUUGCACUUGUGAUGGAACCACCAUAUGGGAAUCAAGUGACAAAGAUUUCGCUAUCAGCAAGGUUUGAUAUCAUAGGUGCCCGAGACCCACCUGGUGAAGAAAUUGUAGUUUUCACGAUCGUUUUUCAAGAGAUUGUACGCAAUAAAGACAGCAUGCUAUCUAAUAGACGAUAUUAUUUAGGGUUCAAUCAAAAUGUAAACAAGCUACUGAACUUGCCAUUGUUGUCAAUGCAGCAUGCUUAUUGUGGUGUAGGAUAGGGCAAAGUUGCGUCUAGUGCUCGGAUCCAAAGUUCAUUUACUUGGCUUAUUCUUCUAUAAAGCUUGUCAUUCCCUCGCCC